AUGCAAAGGUCGUGUACAGCUCUCGUGGAUAGGAGAGGAGUUUCUGAGAACUGUUCUAAUGGAAGGAACAGCCUUUACAAAGUCUCUAUGUCUCUUGUUUUUCUCCUUUGGGUACUUCUCUUCCUAUCCACCUUGUUGAUUAGCCAUGGAGAUGGUGGCAAAGAUGCGCCUUUGAUUGACUCUGGAGGAAUAGCUGACCCGGAUGAUGGUCGGACAGAUGAAGCAGAUGUCCCCUUUGAAUCUGAUGCACCGCCAUUAGUAGAGCCUGAUUCUGUUCAUGUUACUUCUGAUCUUAGUCGGAAUGACGAUGUAGCCCCGUCUGAGGAAAGUGAAGAUAAAGAAAAGAAUGUGAAGCAAGCAGAUAUCAUUAGCAGCAUAGUUUUAGAGGAGGAUACAGAAAGCAAAGACAAUCACAUUUUGAAGCCAAGUGGGAUAAACAAGACAGAAACAGGGCAUGAUGCAGAAAGCAAAGACGAUGACUUUUCUAAGCAAAGUGAGAUGAACAAGACAAUUAUAUGGAAAGAUACAGAGAGCAAAGACAAUGACGUUUUGAAGCAAAGCAAAAUGAACAAGACAGGCACAGCGAAUGAUACAGAAAGCAAAGAAGUUGAGUUUUUGAGGCAAUAUCAGAUGAACAAAACCGAUCCAGGGAAUGAUACAGAAACCAAUGCUACAAAGGUUGAUCAACUCUCACGUGCUGUUCCGCUUGGCCUUGAUGAGUUCAAGAGCAGAGCGUCCAAUUCUAGAAACAAAUCGGUAUCAGGUCAAGUCAGCGGUGUGACUCACAGGAUGGAGCCUGGAGGGAAAGAGUACAAUUAUGCAUCUGCUUCAAAAGGCGCAAAGGUUCUGUCUUCUAACAAGGAAGCCAAAGGAGCUACAAGCAUCCUAAGCCGGGACAAUGACAAGUAUCUCAGAAAUCCAUGUUCUACUGAAGGUAAAUACGUCGUCAUAGAACUCUCAGAGGAAACGUUGGUGAAUACCAUCAAGAUCGCGAAUUUCGAGCACUACUCUUCCAAUCUGAAAGAGUUUGAGCUUCAAGGCACACUUGUUUAUCCCACUGACACAUGGGUUCAUAUGGGAAACUUCACAGCUGCAAACGUGAAGCACGGGCAGAAUUUCACACUAGUGGAGCCGAAGUGGGUGAGAUACUUGAAGCUAAAGUUUUUAAGCCAUUAUGGUUCAGAAUUCUACUGCACCUUGAGUUUAAUAGAAGUCUACGGAGUGGAUGCCGUAGAAAGAAUGCUAGAGGAUUUGAUAUCUGUCGAAGACAACAAAAAAACAUUCAACACCCGAGAAGGAGAUUCUGAGCAGAAGGAGAAGCCAGUACAGCAAGCAGAGUCAUCUGAAGGCGACGAUGGUGCUGAUAGGAGCACGCAGAGAGAGAAGGAGCGGGAAACCCCACCAGAGAGUAUGGUAGCGAAAGCUGAAGCAUCAAUGGCGAAGAGUAGUAAUAAGCUUACAGAGCCCGUGGAAGAGGUAAGGCGUCAUCAGCCAGGAAGCAGAAUGCCAGGGGACACAGUGCUGAAGAUACUGAUGCAGAAGCUGAGGUCGUUGGACUUGAACCUAUCGGUUCUAGAGAGAUACUUGGAGGAACUGAACACGAGGUACGGGAACAUAUUCAAGGAGAUGGACCGUGAAACCGGCGUGAGAGAAAAGGAGAUUGCGACUUUGAGAAUUGACGUGGAGGGUAUGAAGGAGAGGCAAGAGAUGAUGGUGAGUGAAGCAGAGGAGAUGAAAGAGUGGCGAAAGAGAGUAGAGACAGAGAUGGAGAGAGCUGAGAAAGAGAGAGAAAACGUGAGUGAGAGGCUUGAAGAAGUUUGGCAAAGACUCGAGUGGAUGGAGAAGAAAGGGUUGAUGGUGUUCACCGUGUGUCUAGGGUUUGGGAUUAUCGCGGCUACUGCAGUUUUGGUCGGUAUGGGAACGGGUCGAGCAGAGAAGACUGGUGGUGGGGCUUGGCUCUUGUUAUUGAUUAGCUCAACAUUUGUUAUGCUCGUUUUGUCUCUUUGA